AUGUGUCUCUCCUUCCCUCCCUCUAUUUGCUUUCUCUCCUCACCCAAUGCAACUAAUUUUAUUUCCUCCGCCUUUUACUCUCCUAUUUACCAGAUAUGUUUCUUUUCUUUCAUUUACCUUCGCCAUUUUUUUUUCCUCUGGUGCAAUUUUGUUUAUUUCCUUUUUGUUGCUCUCUUUUAUUUCCCGACUCUCUUCUUUCUUUCUUUCACUCACUCUCUUGUCUCUUUCUUUUUUCCUCACUCUCUUGUCUCUUUCUUUUCUUCACUCUCUUCUCUCUUUCUUUCACCCACUCUCUCGUAUCUUUCUUGUUCAGACUCUCUUCUCUCUUUCUUUUCCUCGCUCUCUUGCCUCUUUUUUCCUCACUCUUUUAUCUGUUUCUUUUCCUCACUUUCUUGUCUCUUUCUUUUCCUCUUUCUCUUGUCUCUUUCUUUUCCUCUUUCUCUUGUCUCUUUCUUUUCCUCUUUCUCUUGUCUCUUUCUUUUCCUCCCUAUCUUGUCUCGUCUCUUUCGUUUCCUCACUCUCUUGCCUCUUUCUUUUCCUCACUCUCUUGUCUCAUUUUCCACAUUCUCUUGUCUCUUUCUUUUCGCCAAUAUCUUCUUUCUUUCUUUUCCUCAUUCUCUUUUAUUCUUUUCACACUCUCUUUUCCUCACUUUCUUGUCUCAUUCUUUUCCUCUUUCUCUUGUCUCUUUCUUUUCCUCUUUCUCUUUUCUCUUUCUUUUCCUCCCUUUCUUGUCUCAUUCUUUUCCUCUUUCUCUUGUCUCAUUCUUUUCCUCUUUCCCUUGUCUCAUUCUUUUCCUCUUUCUCUUGUCUCAUUCUUUUUCUUUUUCUCUUGUCUCUUUCUCAUUCCUUUUCUUGUCUCUUUCUCUUUUCUCUUUCUUUUCCUUUCUUUUACUCCCUUUCUUGUCUCAUUCUUUUCCUCUUUCUCUUGUCUCUUUCUUUUCCUCCCUUUCUUGUCUCAUUCUUUUCCUCUUUCUCUUGUCUCUUUCUUUUCCUCCCUUUCUUGUCUCAUUCUUUUCUUCUUUUCUUUCUCUUGUCUCCCUUUCUUUUCCUUCUUUUCUUUCUCUUGUUUUCUUUUCCUCUUUCUCUUGUCUCUUUCUUUUCCUCCCUUUCUUGUCUCAUUCUUUUCCUCUUUCUCUUGUCUCUUUCUUUUCCUCCCUUUCUUGUCUCGUUCUUUUCCUCUUUCUCUUGUCUCUUUCUUUUCCUCCCUAUCCUGUCUCGUCUCUUUCGUUUCCUCGUCUCUUUCUUUUCUUCGCUCUCUUGCCUCUUUCUCUUCCUCACUCUCUUUUCUCUUUCUUUUCGCCAAUAUCUUCUUUCUUUCUUUUCCUCAUUCUCUUUUAUUCUUUUUCCACACUCUCUUUUCCUCUUUCUCUUCUCUUUCUUUUCCUCUUUCUCUUGUCUCUUUCUUUUCCUCUUUCUCUUGUCUCUUUCUUUUCCUCUUUCUCUUGUCUCUUUCUUUUCCUCCCUAUCGUGUCUCGUCUCUUUCGUUUCCUCACUCUCUUGCCUCUUUCUUUUCCUCCCUAUCUUGUCUCAUCUCUUUUGUUGCCACACACUCUUGUUUCCUCCUUUUCCUCAUCCUCUUGUCUCUUUUUUCUCACUCUCUUUCCUCUUUUCUCUCACUCUCUUAUCUGUUUCUUUUCCUCUUUCUCUUGUUUCUUUCUUUUUCUCCCUAUCUUGUCUCGUCUCUUUCCUUUCCUCACUCUUUUGUCUCUUUCUUUUCUUCGCUCUCUUGCCUCUUUUUCUUCCUUACCAUCUUGUCUCUUUUUUCUACAUUCUCUUGUUUCUUUCUGUUCCUCAAUCACUUGUCUCUUUCUUUUCCCCACUCUUUCAUUCUUUUCCUCACUCUUUUGUCUCUUUCCUUUCCUCGCAUUCUCGUCUCUUUCUUUGUUCUCGACAUUUUGA